CUUUACUUCAGGACACGAUUGGACGACUGGUAGUGAGGAUGGUUUCCCGUGUUGUCAGCGGCAAGAGACCAACAGAGCGAAGGAUCGUGAUCCAUCCUGUUUUGGUCGUGUGUGGGGUUGGGGCAGAUUUGCGGCGGCUGACCAGGACCGCAGUCCGAGCGAUCCCUGGGCAGCCAACUGCAAGCGUAAGGAACCUCUGGGGCGAAGAGACCGCUGGGCGAUGAGAACUCCGGGACGGUGCGACCUCUGGGACGAUGCGACCUCGAGGAAAUGGAUCCCACCUAUCGAUGCGCUCAGUAGCUCCAUUGUCAGCAUCAUCGGGUGCUCAGGCUGAGCCCGGCCAAGUGCGGAUUGGCCUGCGGCAAUGAGCUUUGGCCCUCGCGCAUCUUCCGAUCCCGACAUCGAUUCAUAUCGCUCGCUCUCUGAAGACCAAUUUCAUCAACUGUUCGGAGCCAAUGUUAAAAGGUGCAGGAUCUCAGAGCAGCGGGACGGCAUACAGUUGAUUUCACAAUCGGAGGAGUGCUCUUCCGAACCAUGAUCUCUCCUAUUUGUGAUAUAUCAGGCCCAAGCGGGCUAUACCGAUUGGUUGCUUGAGAGGAUUGCAAGAGCAUGUAUGCGCCUGGAGGCGAGCAGUCGGCACACAGCCUAUUCUGAGGGUCGAUGCAGCAGCAAAC